AUGCACCACAACAUUUCAUCGAAUGCGCAUGACAUGUACCUUAGCAUGACUGUGACAAGAGCUGAUGGCUCCGAUAAAGGAUGGACUGCAGUUGGAACAGGGCCUUCAAUGACGGGCUCACUGAUGGUGAUAGUGUAUGGUGAGCCCUUGUCUGGCGAAUCUCCAAUUGUCAGCAUCAGAACCACAAACGGACACCACCAACCCAAGCUCAUCACCAAGGAGGAUGCCGGAGGUGCUGAUAUCCGACUUCUCCAAACGCGGUGGGAACCUGUGCAGGACCCUUUAUCAAAGUCAUCGGCAUAUAUUGCAAAAGUCGUGCUAGUCUGUUACUCCUGCCAUCUGUGGCCAGGCAGUCCAAUUGAAGCAACGGCCACAUCACAUCCGUGGAUUUGGGCAUGGAACGAAGACCAGCAAUUCUCGGUCUUUGCGUAUGAUGCCCAUUUGAGAAUGCAUAAGCAUCACGCCGGAAAUGGUGGCUGGGGCCGAUUUUAUGCCGACAUGUCGCGCUCCAUCAACAAUGCUCGAAAGCUUCCAUCGGUGCCAUCCAUACAGCCUCGAGUACGCACCCUGGGUACUUCCGAUACUCCCAUGAGUCUUCAUGGGGCCUGGGAUGCUGUCCGAUCUAGGCCUAUGGUGCAUUCACACGGUAUUCUGAUGGGGUUGGCAUUCUUGCUUCUUUUCCCUGGGGGCGUAUUCAUGAUCCGCGUUCCAUCAAGUCAGUCAUUUCGAUGGCACAGCAUUGUUCAGCUUGCCGCUUCUGCUUGUGCUGUUGCUGGCGGCACCAUUGGUCUCAUUAUGACGCGUGGCAAAUUCGCAUCCUUGCAUCAAAUCGUGGGGUUGCUGCUUCUGGUGGCUGUAGGGGUUCAAGGUGUCCUGGGGUGGGUGCAUCAUUUGGUCUUCCUCCGCCUCAAACGGCGCACCUGGAUUUCACACACCCAUAUCUGGACUGGAAGAAUCAUUCUACUCCUAGGGUGGACAAACAUGGUUAGUGGAAUGGCUCAGCAGGGAUUCGGAAUGUUUUGGAUGGUGUUAGUGUCUGGAAUUGUACUGGGAGAACUCACAGGGCUGUCACUUUGGGUUUGGGUGUGCAAUAAGCGCAAGAGUAGCGUGUCACCACCCCCGGCCGAGGUCGGGUACACCACUUUCGCACUCGGGGAAGACGAGGAUGACGCUUCUUCGGAUGCGAAAAGUGACAAGGAUGAAGAGAAUGACCCUCUUGUGACCCCGUGA